GAGUUUUGCUGAGGUCUAAGCAAAGCACAAGAUGGGAUUUCUGCCCAGUCUCUCCCUAGAAACCUGGAUACUCAUCGUGGUAUUUUUAGCCCUCCUGAUGCUCUAUGGGAUCUGGCCAUACAAUUUCUUUAAGAAGUUGGGGAUUCCUGGACCAAGGCCUUUGCCUUUCAUUGGGAACUUUCACGAAUACCGGCAGGGGGUUCUGAAUUUCGACCAGAAGUGUCAUCAGAAGUAUGGCAAAAUCUGGGGAAUUUUUGACGGGCGGCAGCCAGUGAUGGCUAUUCUGGAUCCUGCCAUCAUCAAAAUCCUCUUGGUAAAAGAAUUCUACACCCAUUUCACCAACCGCCGGAACUUUGGUUUGAAUGGAGAUCUGGACUCAUCAAUAACAAUAGCUGAGGAUGAACAGUGGAAGAGAAUACGCGCUGUCCUGUCUCCUGCCUUCACGAGUGGAAAAUUGAAGGAGAUGUUCCCAAUCAUCAACGAUUAUGGAGAAAUGUUGGUGAAAAAUGUUCAGAAGAAAGUGGAAAAUGAUGAAACCAUAGACUCAAAAGAUAUCUUUGGGGCCUACAGUAUGGACGUGAUAAGCAGCACUUCGUUCAGUGUCAACGUGGACUCCCUAAACAACCCCAACGAUCCUUUCAUCGCUCAUGUCAAGAAGUUUCUCAAGUUCAGCUUCUUCAAUCCACUGCUAAUCCUGCUUGUCAUCUUCCCAUUCCUGACGCCGCUACUGGAUAAACUAAACUUCACCCUGCUGUCGAGCACCUUCACGAAUUUCUUUACUGAUGUUGUCAAAAAAGUCAAGAAGGAUCGGCAGAAGAAUAACCACACGAAUCGGGUUGACUUCCUGCAGCUAAUGGUGGACUCCCAAAUUUCCGGUGAGGUGUCUGAUGAACUGAAUUCAUAUAAAGCUCUCACAGACAAAGAGAUUUUGUCACAAGCCGUUUUCUUCAUUUUUGCUGGUUAUGAGACCACCAGUAGCACCCUCAGCUUCCUGUCUUACUGCCUCGCCACACAUCCAGAUGUUCAGCAGAGGCUGCAAGAGGAGAUAGAUGAGGCACUUCCUAACCAGGCCUCUCCCACCUAUGAGGCAGUUCUUCAGAUGGAAUAUCUUGACAUGGUGGUGAAUGAAACCCUCAGGCUCUACCCUCCAGGAGUACGGCUUGAAAGAGUUUGCAAAAACACUGUGGUGAUUAAUGGAGUGACAAUCCCAAAAGGAACUGUGACCAUGAUCUCCACAUACACCCUACAUCAUGACCCGGAAUAUUGGCCAGAACCAGAAGAAUUCAGGCCCGAGAGGUUCAGUAAAGCGAACAAGGAAAGCAUCAACCCGUACGUCUUCCUUCCCUUCGGAGCGGGACCCAGGAACUGCAUUGGGAUGCGCUUUGCUCUCAUGGUCGUAAAAAUGGUUGUGGUGCUCUUGCUGCAAAAUUUUUCCUUCCGAACCUGCAAAGACACACUGAUCCCCAUGGAACUGGACACCAAAGGCUUAAUGCAACCCAAAAAGCCUAUCCAACUGAAGUUUGUCUCCAGAACCAUUGCUAGAGCUGAGGAAUAGAGCAAUUGGAAACCACGUUCCUGCUACCUCUCUCCUUCUCAUGGGAGUAGUUAUUUGAGUGAACAGAAUAGAAGACUGUGUAUGAAAGAUCACAUUCAGGACCUCUGGAUGUUCACAUACCCUUAGCACUAUUGACUUUAGUGAAUAGAAGUAAACAGGAGAAGUUGUAGCUUUUAUCAGAGGAGAUUCACUUUGCUUACUCUUAAUUGUCUUACGUUUACGUGAUAAGCAAAGAUAAGGGAAUAAGAGCUAUACAUAAGUUUUUUCCCCCUUUUUAAUUACAAUUUAUCCACUUAAAAGGACAUAAAGUUUAUUUUUUUAUGCUGCUCUUUUUCCAAUACAAGAAAAUUAACAUAUGUAAUCAAACAAAUAAAGGACAUUGACAUGGUAGACAGAAAGGAAAACGUCCGGAUCUACAGACUCAGAAUUUAUAGUCCAUGUGGCCUUAAUCGGGAGAACAAUUCAUAAGUUUUAUGCCAUUCAUAUUUCUGUGGGGCAUUUCCAUAAGGACUGCAGCUUGCAGGGGGAGAGGUGGUUAAAAUCCUUCCCUCCCGCUUGCAUGCUCCUUUUAGGGAUAGAAAAUAAAGAGCUGUCCUUGGUGCCAAUGGCAGCGGGGUGUGUGUGUGUGUGAGAGAGAGAGAGAUUUUGUCAGGAUUGUGGCUGGCGACAGAAAGGUCAAACUCCCGUCCCACAUGCUGUGGUGCCGAAAGAAAUGUCAAUCCCCACAACCUAGCAUUAAAUAAUAAUAAUAAAAAUACACAUUGCUGUGGCUGCAAACUAUGCACUUAACAUAAUGCGUCCUUAGGCUCUGAGAGACGCUAAUCGCUCACCUGUGGAUAACUAAUGUAUUGGAUCCCUUCCCCUCCUAGUUAGCCGUUUGGAGAUUUUCCUUCAAUUGCAUGCUUAAGUAUUUCACUUUGUUAAAUAAAUCCUAGUUUUUGCA